AUGGAAGCACUUUCCGAAGUCAUUGGACGGUUUGAAUAUCUUCAGCCUCCCGUAGAUCAUGAACCUUCAAUUGCAAGUUCUGAAGGAUGGGUGUCACCCCCCGACUCUGACAUUGGUGAUUUCAACGGGCCGGACCUUUCUGAAGUCCUUGAGCAGUUCGAGAGCCUUCAGCUUCCCCCAGAUCCUGAAACUUCAAUUGCAAGUUCUGAAGGAACGAUGUCACCACCCAACUCUGACGCUGGUGAUUCCAACGACUCGGACCCAACACUUGCGGUCAUGCAGAGUGGUCAGCCACUCGCAGCACAAGUCCUUGCGCGUCUUGGCGGUCACCUUAUGGUAGUUAUAGAUCCUAUUCUUCAAUUGCUCUACCUCUUAGGGCUGUUUUUUGUCGGAUUAUGGAGAGGUUUCACUAGUGUCAUGGGUUGGCAGGGUGACUCUUAG